AUGAAGACAUUUCAAAUUCGUGACAAUCGCGUGGUUGAAGAGAUGUCCGAAGGAAUGCUUGGUGAUAUCUCCUUCGAGUACCUGGAUAUUCGUAAUUCCGCCAUCGGCAUCAUCCAUUCUUCAGCCCUACUUCCAUCCUCAGAUCGACUCUUGCAAGUGCACGUGGAGCAAAGCGACCUUACGGAGUUCCCUUGGGACGCCCUCCACCGUUUCACCCGUCUCCCCGGGAUCUCAGUCGGGGUCAUUUCGGAGAUCCAGCGUGGAUUCUUCAGGGACAUGCGGAACUUGAGAAUAUUUCAAUGUAAUACGUGCGGAUUAGGUCCAACUCUGCAGAACGGCUCCUUCGAAUUCUACAGUCCAGCAUUGGUAGAGUUGCAAUUUUCCUCCGACGGGAUCUCGAGGAUGGAAUCACGCGCUAUUGCAGGAUUCACAGCCAACACGAAAAUACAUCUAACAGAUAACAAAUUUGACUCAUUACCGGAAACGUCCUUCCGUCGCAUGGUGGAGGUCCUCUCUCUUCCGUCUCAUGGUGGAGAUGGGUACUUGGAUGUGAGAUAUAAUGAAAUCAUGUGUGACUGUAGCAUUGCAUGGCUAGUACUCAAUUCGGACUUCCGAGGAAGCGUUAGGGGUGUGUGCCCAGAUGGAACAUCGUUUGACGAAUUAGACCCAGAGGACUUCCAAGAAUGCAUCAUGAAGGAUCCUUCAGUAGCGGACAAUUCCUCCUUCUGCAUCACUGCCCAUCCGAACCAACGAGUCACCAGCAGAAGCCCAAAUAAAACGUGCAAGACGUAUGCAGAGCAGCGGCUACUUUUGGCUGGACAUCCAGACUCGUCCCCCACGGUUGCUGGACUUCUGGCUGGUGCUGUUUCGGAUGUAUGA